UGCCUCCCACAUCGCUGUUCUUCUCUGGGCUUCAUCUAGGAGUUGCAUCGUCUCGUUGCAGUCAUCAUGUUCUUCUGCCUCCUCUUCCUAAGUGUUAUUUCAACAUUACCGACCACCAGUUAUUCUCUAACUUGUAUAGAAUGCUCGGGUAUUGCUGAGUUUGAUAUUGGCAUUCCAUGUACUGGAAUUGUGAAAACCUGCUCUUCAAAUGAGGUUUGCGUAUCCAAACAUUCCGUGAUCAUAAUAGGUGGUUUGCAACAACCAGGAACCUAUGGAAGAACUUGUGGGCAGCGUGAGCUGUGCUCUGCUUCAAUCAGUGCUAGCGCUCCUUAUGGAAGAAUAAUGAUGAGCUUCUCCUGCUGUGACACAGAUCGCUGUACUCCUCCCCGUCCCGAAUUGCCUUCUAUAUCCUCUGAAAAAAAUGGCGUUGUCUGCAAGACCUGCCAAAGCAAGGAAAACGUUCCCUGUGACUCUAAGACUUACAUGGACUGUGUCGGAGAAGAAACAAAGUGCUUUUCUCAGGUGACAAGAUCAGGAUCGCAGGGAGUGGCUGAACGUGGCUGCGCCACCCCGAGCUUGUGCGCGAUUCCUCAUAACGAAGGGUCGUUUGGAAAUCUGGAUUUUAAAGUGGAUACCACCUGCACGGACGGCGGUGCCGGCCUCCACUACCGCCUGCAUCUGCUGCCCAUCACCUUCAUUUGCCUCUUCAAGGUCAUGAGUUAAAGUCAUCGUGAAGGUCAAACGUCCGAACCGUAAUCCGCUAUUAAUGAUCGCUUACGCCCCGUAAUUAUGUCCGUGAGUCGUCCUCUCGUCCAGUUGAUGGCUCUGUCUCUGGGAAAGCUGGGUGACAAAUUAUAUGGCUCCUAUAGGAGACUCCACCAGGCUUUCCAUCACUUAUGAACGGCAAUCCUCCCAUCUCACUGUCCGGAGUCUGGGAAAGCUGGAUGAACACCCACAAUGGGGGUUGUAGUGGUGGCCAUAUUGAUUGUCUGCUUUCCCAGACCUCUGAGUGACAUAGCCUGCUGGGGUAGGAAAGGAUAACCGGCUUGUAGGGUAACCCAGCUUUCCCAGCUAAUGAACGGCAAACUGUGAAAUAUCAUCUUUCCCUGAUAUCACUCCUAGGCAGGUAGUCACCUGGGAAAGCUGGGUGACAACCUCUGUGUGAACUGGAUUGGUGGCCAUAUUGGUUGUCACCCAGCUUUACUAUAGUUUUGGGUAAUAAAAUCUGCUGACUGUGCAGUUUAUAGUCAGCGAUAUGAAAGGCAGGUGGGGUGAAACUACAACUCCCAGCAUGCACGCGUGCUUGGGUGUUCUUAGAACUCCCAUAGAAGUGAAUGGAGCAUGCUGGGGGUUGUAGUUUCACACCAGCUGGAGUUGCGGAGGUUGCUGUCCCCUGCUGUAUACCUCGGGAAGGCAAGAGCUUAUUAGAAACACUGUUGGUUGUCACCCAGCUUUCCCAGAGACAGAUGUAGCAGCUUUUAUCUAUAGUCUACAGCCCGCAGCUAUAAGGAACAUAUUCGCACAGCAGCUAAAUACAAUACAUGCAAUUAUUUGGCUUAGGCCUCAUGCACACGACCGUCUGCAAAUUGCGUAUCUGCAAAAUACGGAUACCGCCCGCGUUGCAUCCGCAUUUUUUGUGGACCCACUGAAUUCAAUGGCUCCGUGGUCCUCAUUUUGCGGCUAACUAUAGGACAUGUGUUCAUUUACGGAACGGACAUAAGGACGCAGAAAGCACAUGGAUCAUCCGUUGGUUCUCCGCAUCAAUAUAUCCCUUCCGGAAAAAGAUAGAAUGCGGACCACUGCAAAAAAAUGGACUGUCUCCGUAUUUUCCCGGAUCUGCGAUUUGCAGACCACAAAGCGGAUAUGGUCACAGGCACGUGAUCCGAGGCCGCGAUCAGUAUACAGAUGUAGCAGAGCUGAAUUUCUUGAACUAUUUGUGUUUGUGAUAUCUAUCUAGGUAAAGACAAUCAGUAGCUUUUUCUGCAGUCCUAUGUAAAACCACAGAUAACACACCUGAAGUAUAGGAGGAAGAUUGUGCCACGUGACAAAGUCGCCUCCGCAGAACAUUCUUUAUUAUAACGGUAGUAGAACAGUUACACAGCAAGAACGGGGCCCGCAGGCGUGAGCCCACUUCAUUCACCUGCACCGUCAGCAAACGCCACAGCCUGUAACAAGAGCUCUGCUUCUUGUCAGUGAAUGAAAAAUUCUAGUAUGCAUCCAAAGAGCUGAAAAACAGUCAAUAAAUUGUAUGAAGUGUGAACAGUCCUGUGUGAAGUAACCAUCCUGGACUCCAGACUAGGGGAGGAUUGUCUAGAUACAUUGUAACAAACCCUCUGCAGUGAGUAGGGGCAUUGCUUCUGUAAGGAGAGGUAGUAGGUCAUCAUGGGGGUCACUAUAUACAGGGCUGAUACUGGUGGAGGGUCAUUGUAUGAGGGACUGAUACUGGUGGGGGGGCAUUAUACGAUUUUCUGACACUGGUGGGGGUCAUUAUAUGAUUUGCUGAUACUGGUGGGGGUCAUUAUAUGAUUUGCUGAUACUGGUGGGGGCCAUUAUAUGAGGGACUGAUACUGGUGGGGGGUCAUUAUAUGCUUUGCUGAUACUGGUGGGGGUCAUUAUAUGAUUUGCUGAUACUGGUGGGGGCCAUUAUAUGAGGGGCUGAUACUGGUGGGGGGUCAUUAUAUGAUUUGCUGAUACUGGUGGGGGUCAUUAUAUGAGGGGCUGAUACUGGUGGGGGGGCAUUAUACGAUUUUCUGACACUGGUGGGGGUCAUUAUAUGAUUUGCUGACACUGGUGGGGGGGUAAUUUUUAUCAGGGUCUGGUAUUGGGGAGUCACUGUGAGGAGCUGAUAAGGGGGGCAUUACAGUACUAGGGUGGUCCCUUUAUGAGAAACUGAUGCUGGGGGGCAGUGUAUGAGAAGCUGAUACUGGGGGGGGGGGUACUUUAAAAAUGGGGUCACUGUUAGUUUUUUUCCGGGUCCCAGUCCGCCCCUGGCUGUGAGAACCGUUAGACCUGCCAGAUGUUUGACAUCUGUUUCAUUUCACUGACAGUAAUCAGAGGUCUUGAAAAUGUUAAGAAAUUGACAUUAUAUUAUCAAUCUUUCCACACAUAAAAACCCCUGAGAAGUAUAGAUUGGGGAUCAGUCGGGGUUGAGACAAGCCGUGGGUGUGGGGGGCAGCAGCCGUAAACUACAAGUCCCAGCAUGCCCUGCAGCCAGUUGCACUAAUGAGAGCCAGGGGCGUAGCUAUAGGUGGUGCAGAGGUAGCAGUCGCUACCAGGCCCAGGAGCCUGAGGGGCCCAAAGACCCUAGG